AGUGUAUGCGCGAAAUUUAACUUAAAAAUGUCUUGAAACUCUUCCCGUAGAAAAGAAAAGUUCAAAAAAAAAAAAAGGAGCACUUGAGGGACAGCAACUGAUAAUAAAACAAUAACAGCAACAAAAGAACAAACAUGGCCAAGUGUUUUAGCUUCACUGCAUCGCGAGAUUCCUGUUACCGAUACUCCUUUACCAGAGGCGGUCUGAAAUCAUGCACAACCGAUCUCGGCGACGGCACAAUAAUCCAUUGUUGGAUUCCAAAAUCUCACAUCCAAACGAAGCCUACUCUUCUCUUGAUCCACGGCUUUGGCGCCAAUGCAAUGUGGCAAUUUAACGACGUUAUCCCUCCGUUUAAAUCCAAAUUCAAUAUCUACAUCCCGGACCUCCUCUUCUUCGGCGAUUCCUACACGACCCGACCCGACCGAACCGAGUCGUUUCAGGCGCGGUGCUUAAUGGCUGUUAUGGAGAGGCUUAAUGUGAAAAAGAUGGAUGUGAUGGGGCUCAGCUAUGGAGGUUUUGUUGCGUAUAGUAUGGCUGCGCAGUUUAAGGAGCGGGUGGGCCGCGUGGUUCUGGGGUGCGCUGGGGUUUGUUUGGAAGAGAAGGAUAUGGAGGAAGGAAUGUUUAAAGUGAAGACUGUUGAUGAAGCUGUUAAUAUCUUGUUGCCUCAAAAUCCGGAGAAAGUUAGAGAGUUGUUGAAAUUGUCGUUUCAUAGACCUCCUCCUCCUGCUCCUUCUUGUUUUUUGAAUGAUUUUAUUCAGGUGAUGUGCACAGAAUACCGCCAAGAAAAGAAAGAACUGAUACAGACAUUGCACAAGGAUAGACAGCUAUCUAAUCUUCCUAAGAUAACCCAGCCUACACUGAUAAUCUGGGGAGAAUAUGACCAGGUCUUCCCAUUGGAAUUGGCACAUAGAUUAAAAAGGCAUAUAGGUGAUAAUGCAGAAUUAAUGAUAAUAAAGAAUGUCGGACAUGCACUUAAUGCAGAGAGACCUAAAGAGGUACUGAAGCACAUAAAGUCUUUCCUCACUGAUACUCUCCCUGCUAAGCAAGGGAACCGCACAAAUGGUCACAAAACAGAUUGAACAUCAUUUUCAGCAAAGCAUCUUGCUUUUGGGAGUCGGUGGUGUAUCGAAUCCGGGCCUCUAUUUUCUUUGAUUUGAGAAACACCGAGUUAAAUCAACACCAGGGAUAUGAGGUAUGAACUAGGAUUCCCCCAUUUCUUCUUAUAUAGGAUCAAGUUCACUAGGUUAUCUAUGGGUUUUCAAUCCACAGGGGCUGAAAAUCCUUGAUUUUUGAAGCAUGUUGAAGUUUCAUACUGAGAAGAAUAAUUGGCUGUUGCUAGUUUCUAGUUGCCAGUUGCUAGUCGGCAUUAUCCUCUUAUUGCUGACCGGCCAUUUAAAAAGUGUUGAAGAGUACUGAAGCACCCUGUUAUUGUUGUAUAAUGUGUUGUUGUACAUUAGAUGUGAAUAAUGUACUCGUCUCAGCAUUGUUUUUUAUCACUUGGUUUGAAUAUAUGGAUUUUUAAGGACUAGUUGUCCGCACAUUUGUUUA